GCAGGCAGGUUUCCUGGCAAGAGAAGUGGCUGGUGAAGGCUUGCCUGAACAAGUCUGGCCUAGACCUCUAUACCUUGCAAAGCCCCCCAACCCUCCUCCUGCUCUUCCACUAUCACUACUACCACAUCUUUGCUACUUCAUAUAUACACAUGAAUAUCACUCCAUUGUAAGCUUGAUGAAUUUAAGCUCAAUACCGGGUACUUCGGAGCUUUCCGGAAUGGCAUUUCCCUAAAAUAACUUACGGCGGAUCAAAGGACAACCAGGUUCAGAAGGCUGGGAGCCAGCCAGGUUGCUAUUAGAGCCAGGGCAGAGUGUGCCACUGAGACAAUCACUUUAACUGGCAACAGUUUCCAAACACUGGAAGAAUCCUUCAGGAGGCGAGCUCCCCUGGCCCCACACGCCUCUGCCCGGGAGCGCCCACUCGGGAGUCCCGGGACGCAGAGGACGUGAUGCCCGGGGCGAGGUGGGGGCUGGAGAAGGGGGACGGCUCUUCCCCGCCGGCUGUGCCAAGGGCGGCUCCCCGCCUGGCCCCACCGCGCAGAGCCCUCUCCGGUGCCCACCCUCGGCGACCUCCCCCGCCCACCCCGGAGGGAGCCCGACGUUCGCCCGCAGCUGCAGUCGCGGCCCGGCCGCGGUGUCAGCGCCGCCGGGGUCCCCGAACUCAGUCCCGGCCCGGGAGAGGAUGCUUCCCGCGGAGGAGCAGUCCAGGUGACAAGCCUGGGCCAAGGAAAGAAAGGCCGCUCGGCUCAGAGCCCGGGGCCUCCACACGACUACCUUCCCGCUCAUCCAAGGAGGCCUCCAACCCCAACCCCGACCCCUGGCCGUGCCCGGCGCCCCCGCGCCAACUCAACCUCCCGCCGGGCCGGCCUCUGCCCCACCCGCCCCAGGAGCCCCGCCGCCUCCGGCCCGACCCUGGGGACGUCCGCUCCGCUCGCCAGACCCUCGGGCCCCACGAGAACCGCAGCGGGUACCUGGAUCUGGCCGUGCUUUGGACUCCAGCUGCGAAUACACACGAGGAUCGGAUCAUACGCGCGCGCUCUCCUCUAUAGAUCGAAUCAUCUCGACCUUCUUUAUCCCUCCACCUACCCCCAUUCCAACUGCAUCCUCAGUCUCUGACUCUCCCCGGCUCUUCCGUGCCCGCCUGGACCUAUCCCAGACCCAAUGCUGCUCCUCUCCACGGCAGCCCUCAGCUCCCGAAGAGUCCACGCGGUAUAGCGAGCAUCUCCCUCUGGUGGGUGUUCCGCUGUAUUUCAAGCGCUCGAAAAACAACAAACAAACAAAAAAAAAUCUUUCCUUUUUAUGCUUUGAGAUCCUCAUUUACAUCUUCCCCUUUUACAAUUCCAGACAUUGAAAAAAAUGGCUUUUAUUUGAGUCUUUAUCUAUUUUCUUCUGAUCGGAAAGUAUCAUAACAUUUCUUUGCUAAGGCUUUGGAGCAAUUAUGAUUAGAAGAUAAGGCAAAGAAACGGGAAAGAAUGAAUAAACAAGUAUUUUUUCAACUGAAGGAGGGAAUGGGGACAAGUUUAAGGAGUAUACUCAAGCUUAAGAUGAUAAGAGAAUUUCCAUGCCUAAAUUCCAAUACACCUACCCUGGUGUGAUAGUGAAAGAAAAGUAUAGAUAAAGGACACUACUUGCUCUUAUAUUACUUUGCAGAGUUUGCUACCCAUGCACCCCUUCCUCACCUUUACUGCUUAGAAUUCUAAUUUCCUUUAAAAUUAACUGCUAGCGCCUUCUCCAUAAGUAGCUUGUAUUUACCUCAGAUACUUUGUAUCUGAAUUGGUGAAAGAAGUUUUCUUAUCAGUUCAAUAAACCUAAAUGAAAAGUCAGAUGCGGUCAAAAACAAGUUAUGUGUAUCUAAAAACAAAGAUACAUCUACAGAUUUAUAUGUAUAAUGUAUGCAUAUCUAUGUCGUUUGAAUAUGUGUACACAAAACUCGGUUUAUAUAUAUAUUAAUUAU